GGCGCUGAGGGUCCCGGGGAUGCCCCGGGGGGCCCGCGGAACCGCCGCCGCCGCCGCCGCCGCCGCCGGACGGCCCGGACCCGCCACCGUCUACGCGCAGGUGGUGGCGGCCGGAGGCGGCGGCGCCCCGCCCGCCCUCUACGUCUUCUCCGAGUACAACAGGUAUCUCUUCAACUGCGGCGAGGGCGUCCAACGGCUCAUGCAAGAACACAAGUUGAGGGUGGCCCGCUUGGACAACAUCUUCCUCACCCGAAUGCACUGGUCCAACGUCGGGGGGCUGUCGGGGAUGCUCCUCACCCUGCAGGAGACGGGGCUGGUCAAAUGCGUGCUUUCCGGACCCCCGCAGCUGAAAAGUUACCUGGAAGCCAUCAAGAUAUUUUCCGGUUCCUUGAAAGGGAUAGACCUGGCCGUGCGGCCCCACUCCGCCCCGGACUACCGAGAUGACACCAUGACCGUAUUCCAGGUGCCUAUUCAGAGCAAGCAGGGCUCCGGCGAGCAGGCCCAGCCCCCCACCAGCCCCGAGAGGGCCCUCGGCGAAUGCAGCCCCGACGGCCGAGCCGGCGUGGAGUCGUGCGAGGACGGGCGGUGUUCUCCAGCGGACCGUCGACCUUCCUCUCCGGACGUCCCAGACGGCAACCGGGCGUCGGAGGGCCGGGACCCGUCUCUGGUGGUGGCCUUCAUCUGCAAGCUUCACCGAAGAAAGGGAAACUUUUUGGUGCUCAAAGCCAGGGACCUGGGCCUUCCCGUGGGCACCUCGGCCAUCGCCCCCAUCAUCGCUGCCGUCAAAGACGGGAAAAGCGUCACGUUCGAAGGGCGAGAGAUCCUGGCCGAGGAGGUGUGCACCCCCGCCGAUCCCGGCUCGGCUUUCGUCGUGGUGGAGUGUCCGCACGAAGGCUUCGUGGAGCCCAUCUGCGAGAACGACAGUUUCAAGAGGUACCAGGAGGGGAAGACGGAGGCCCACGUGGCCCUGGUGGUUCACCUGGCCCCGGAAAGCGUGCUGCAAGACAGCCGUUACCAGCGGUGGAUGGAGAGGUUUGGCCCCGACACGCAGCACCUGGUGCUGAACGAACGCUGCCCUUCCGUCCACAACCUCCGAAGCCACAAGUUCCAGGCCCAGCUCAACCUCAUCCACCCGGACAUCUUUCCCCUGCUGGCCCGCUGCCCCGACCAGGAAGCCCCCCCGACGCUCGGGGUGCCCGUGGUCCGCGCCGAGUGUCUUCUGAAGUACCAGCUGAGGCCCAGGCCGGAGUGGCAGAGGGACGCCUGCAUCGUGUGCGACCACAGCGAGUUCGUGGCGGAAGCUCUGCAGCUGCCCGACUUCGAACAGAGGGUGAAAGAGUGCCGGGAGAGCGUGGAGAAGACCGCGGCGGGCGAAGGAGCCCGGUAUCCGGAGGUCGUCUUCCUGGGCACGGGCUCCGCCAUCCCGAUGAAGAUCCGCAAUGUCAGCUCCACCCUCGUGAACCUGAGCCCCAGCAAGUCCCUGCUCCUGGAUUGCGGGGAGGGGACCUUCGGCCAGCUCUGCCGCCACUACGGGGAUCGGGUGGACCCGGUGUUGCGUGGCAUCGCGGCCGUGUUCGUGUCCCACAUCCACGCUGACCACCACACGGGUCUGCUCAGCAUUCUGCUGCAGAGGGAGCGGGCUUUCGAGGCGCUGGGGCGGAGGCCGGACCCCCUGCUCCUGAUCGCCCCGACCCAGGUCAUGGCGUGGCUGCAGAGCUACCACGACCGGUGCCAGAAGAUCCUGGGCAACGUCAAGAUGAUUCCUGCCAAGUGGCUCCGGGCGGGCGUCGAGGUGCCCUCCCAGGCGGGCAAGCGGCUGGUCGCUUCCCUGCUGGAGCAGUACGACCUGGAGCAGUUCCAGACCUGCUGGGUCCGCCACUGCUGGGACGCCUACGCCUGCGCCCUGGUCCACAGGUCGGGCUGGAAGAUCGUCUACUCGGGCGACACCAUGCCCUGCGACGCUCUGGUCGACAUGGGCCAGGGAGCCACGCUGCUCAUCCACGAGGCCACUCUGGAGGACGGCCUGGAGGCGGAGGCGGUGGAGAAGAGGCAUAGCACCACAUCCCAGGCCAUCGGGACCGGACUGCGGAUGAAGGCGGACUUCAUCAUGCUCAACCACUUCAGCCAGCGGUAUGCCAAGAUCCCCCUCUUCAGCCCCGACUUCAGCGAGAAGGUGGGGGUCGCCUUCGACCACAUGAAGGUCUGCUUCGGGGACUUCGGGAUAGUGCCCCGCUUGGUGCCCCCGCUGAAGGCCCUGUUCGCGGGAGAGCUGGAAGAGAUGGAGGAACGGCGAGAGAAGAGGGAACUGCGGCAGCUGAAGGAGGCCGUGCUGGCCUUGAAGCGGGCCGGGAGCCCCGGGGAGAAGCGCGGCCCGCCGGAGGACGCCGGCCGGCCCCGGGGCAAGAAGCUGAAAGCGGAAUGAGGACCGGGGGCG